GGUGCCAAGUAGAGGGGUGUUAUCAUGAAAUCGGAGUUCUGUCUUUUCUUGACGUUGGCGAUAAUAUUAUAAUUUAUCAUGUUACAUGAAGCCAGCUCGACUAACAAUAUUUCGACGAUAUCAAGAUGCCCAUAAUCAAUGCGGAUUGGCCAACCAGCCUCGAGCCACUUUUAGGUAUUGCUUUAAUAGCUUGCUAUAUCGUAGGCCUCGGGAUAUAUCGCCUAUGUUUGAGCCCUCUUGCUAAGAUCCCUGGCCCAAAACUUGCCGCGUUAACUACUUGGUACAAUGCCUAUCAUGACAUGCUUCGAGGGGGUCAGUACGUCUGGGUUGUAGAGGAGAUGCAUCGAAAAUACGGCCCAAUCGUCCGGAUCGGACCAGAUGUAGUCCAUAUAAAUGACCCUAUGUUUAUUGAAAAGCUAUACUCGCAAUCUCCGAAGCAGAGACGUGAAAGAUAUUGGACGAUUCUUCAAACACUUCAAGCCACGGGAUCGAUUCUAGCUACCCAAGAUCACGAACUCCAUCGCAAGCGUCAGGUAGUUCUCAAUCCUUUUUUUUUUUCUUUCGCAACAGAAUGUGCGGCGCUUAGAACCCGCCAUCAAUGAUAUUCUCGCAAACUUGUUCUAUCGAAUGGAUGGAUGGGCUGAAGUUGGCCAACCUGUGCGGAUGAACGUUGCGUUCCGAGCAGCAACGAAAUAUAUUAUUCAGACCUAUGCGCUUGGUGAAGGGGAUAUGUGUCUCGACAAGGAGAAUUGUAAUACCGCGUUUUUUAUAUUAUGAAACCCAGUCGACUGGCU